GCUGGCCUUCGGGGCCCCAAUAUAUACAUCACAGCUCAUGUUUGUCAACUGUACAGUUGCAACAAGUGGCCAGUUGAUUGUCAGCAGACAAAGUGUUCAUGAAGGAAGGUCAGGAGAAGCAAGCCCGAAUCGGAAUCAGGUUAGCAAACGACGCUGCUCUAAGGAGGCGAAGCCCCUUGAUUAUGCUCGGGCUCAGCCUGAUGGGCAAACCCAAUGAUCCCCCCCAACGAGAAGCGGCAUGAUAUAUGCGCAAGGCAGGGCUAGUGAGCGCCCCCUUUACCCCUUUUCCCAGGACCCUCCACCGACAAUUUCGACCACAGCCUGACCAGACUGCGCCCACCAUAUGGAGAAUUGUGUGCAAGGCUUAUUUCAACUACUAGUAGGUAGCCAAUAUGACUCCCACAGCUGCGGCUGUGGCUUGCAGGACCGGCGCAGCAGGCGACGUGCUGCGGCUGCUAUAUUCGGUUUCGGGGAAAUGUCAUAGUGCUCAUAAGUGAGACGGUGACUUCGUACCCUUCGCAGGCCGCUCGCCGGGGCGUUGUUGAAUGCUAUACACAGCAUUGUGCCCACGAUGGCAUCAGCAUCAGACGUUAUCACGUACGUUGGUGUGCCGCUGGCGGUGCUGGGUGUCCUUCCCAUUCUGUACACCUUCAUGCUUGCGAUCGUGACCAAGCGACGAAUUUGCGCCUCGCUCAUCCAGCAUGGCCACCGACCCAUGGGCGCCGGCCAUCCUCAGAACGGCUUCACGAUCCGCAGUUCUCCCAUGACGAAUUUGAUCGAGGUGGAGCUGCCCAAAUAUACAAUAGCACCACUUGAGCGGAAUGACCCCGACUAUUGGAAAACCACGAUGGAAGGUCAAUGUGAAGAAGAAGAACACCACAGAUUGCUCGAGCGAGCCGAAAGCACCUUGAGCAUGGCUGAGGAAGGUCGAGUACAGGGGUUCCUUCGCGGCGGUAGUUGGCGGGCAUUCCACUGGAAAAGAUUGAUAGUGGGACGCAAAUUAUACAGAAUACAGUAUGAAGACGAGUUGCGCGAACCCCCUGCGGAGGUUGAUUUUUCGGAACUUGUGCAUUUCCUUCUUGACUGGGGCGCCAUUCCCGAUACAAUGGGAUGGGAGAAGCUGAAAUCGGGUGGACUGUGGACGCCCGCAGGGACCAUUCUCCUCAAAAAGCCAGACGGCGAUAUCACUGAGCCGCGGAAACACGUUGACUGGAUCCUGAGAACGAGUAUGCCCGAUGAGAGCGACGGAAUACUCAGCCUGACAGUCAAAUGGACCCGUGACAUGACAUCUGUCGGGGAGUCUAGAGGAGCUGCAAGUCUUCCGCCCGGCUGGGGCCGCCUGACUCAACCGCCGUUGUUAGAAGUGAGCGAAAAGAAAAAGGAAGAAGAGCAAGACUUGCCGUCAAGGAUUGAGCAGAUGAAAGACUCGAACAAGUACAGCAUGGAUAGCUCUAGCUUCCGUUUCCGCGCUGAAGACAACCGGAUCCAGCGUCUUUUCUGGGAACAGAAGAACGUCGAAACAGGCUCGGUCAGUGAACCCUUCCGAACGUUCGAGCAGUCCACCGCCGGACUUUGGUUUACUUGUGCGGCAUCCGCCAUCCUCUCACGCAAACAGUCCAGCGGAGGACUGUGGGCUUUCGACAUCCCUACAGAUAUCCAAACAUUUGUGCGGAGAGACUCGAUACCCUGCGGUGUUAUGGUGAUUCUGGGCUUGAUGGACGAGGGAGAGGCACCCGAAUGGUCGAGUGAGAGCGAAACUGCCACUCGCAAUGCUAUGCAGCUCAUUUCCCAACGGCAACUUCAGCGAUUCCAGGCUCAACAAGCGGCCACGAGGCUGGAAGCUACCAUGCCACCCGAACAAGCCAAGAUUCACAAGAUGAAUCGACUCGCUGAAGAACGCCGAGCUGCCCUUGACGAUAUGAUGGCCUCAGCGGCCGCGAGACAGGAGAGGGACGAACGCAGGGCGCAGGACGCAAUCGCCAGUCCGAGGAUGAGUACAAAGGCCGUCGCGGAGGCAUGUCUGGCAUGGCUUAUUGAACAGGGACUGAUCGGUAGGGAGUGGACGCUGGAUCAACUCGCUGAGGCGGUCUUGUAUCUGAUGGUGGUAGAUCAGAGUCAGAGCGAAGAGGGCGAGGCCCGAAAGGUUGUCAAAGUCCUGGAUGAGUGGAUGUCCUGGGCCGCGGUGGGAGGGAUGAAAAAGACGCAGGUCAAUGUCUUGUAUGACAAUAAGCUGGCUUUCUGCUACGCCGCCGCCCUCGUUGCAGUGGUCAAUGAGUCGGUGAACUCGGCUAGUGGGCGAAGCAAAGCCGGCGCCGAUAUGCUGGAUUGUUUGAGGUUAUGGAGGAAAGUCAGGCUAGGAUGAGUCCAUGAUCAGAUGGUGGAUGGGUCCCGCACAGCUUAGACAUGCCAUCGGGGUAACUAAGCAGCAUGCCUAAACACCUGCUAAGGUACCUAGGUACUUACGUACUAGGUAGGUACUAGGGCGCAGUCCUGUAAUGGACAAUGUAUGAACAUAGGUAGCUGGUGGUUGUCAGCAUCUCCAGCGCCCUUCCGCCUAGACAACUCCCUAGACAGCUACCCAGAAAUUCUUACUUAGCCCAGCCUACCUAGGCAACUGCCUUAGCUGCCCAGGAAGGCACCUUGGGGUCUGCAUUUGAUUUCUAGGCACCUCCCCAGCGCAGCCUAAGUAGCCAAAUCCGAAGGCGCUCUCAGCAGCCCCUAGCCUAUCGUCACGCCGACUCUAUACAAUCCAAGUGUUCACGCAGUGAACACACGGCCAACAACAAGACAAGACACUCUUGAGCAAGUUUUUCU